GUCGAUAAGUGGAUCAGAUUUAUUAGUGGUAAAGAUUGGCUACAGCUCAGAUCUCAGAGGAGCCUCAGUGUGCGGGGCUGCACACCGAGCUGAGCGCGAGACGAGACUGCUGCGUGUCUACAAGUGCAGGUGGAAGGAGGCAAACCUGCAUGAUGGAGCUGGUCAAACUUGCAGUGUCCUUGCAAAUUCUUCUGUUUCCUUCAUGGGCUUCAUCCCGUCACUCCUACAUGGACAGCAUCCUGUCAGCACGCUCAGCUCUCGCCUUGCUGGAUGAGCCGCUACGGUUUGACCCCUGCUGCCUCAUAUCACCUCCCCCGCCGCCACUCUUCCCUCCGCCACCGAAGCUGUGGAAGCGAGGCAACCCAGAUGCUGUCAGCAUCUUAGAGCCAAGUGUUUUCGGCAGAGAAGAACCAGAGAAACAAAAACCAGAGACGACAGGGUGUUUGCCUGGCCCUCCAGGACCUCCAGGACCCCAGGGGCCGGAGGGUCACAGCGGAUUACCCGGCAUUAGAGGACCAAAAGGGGAGAAGGGAGAAAUUGGACGUCCUGGGUUAAAGGGUCGUACUGGAGCUCCAGGCCUUCCAGGGAAACCAGGUCUACAAGGAUGGCCUGGACCAGAGGGAGAAAAGGGUGAAAAGGGAGAUCCAGGGCUCAUGGGAUUACCAGGACUGAGGGGGCCACCAGGAGUAAAGGGUUUGCCUGGCUAUAAAGGAGAAAAGGGGACUCAAGGUGAUCGUGGAGUAGCAGGACCAAAAGGUGAUAAGGGCUCCAUUGGCUUGCCUGGGAUGCUGGGACAAAAGGGUGAACAGGGACCAAAGGGAGAGCCAGGAGUCUCAGGAAAGAGAGGACCAACUGGACGUCCUGGGAAGAGAGGCAAGCAGGGCACAAAGGGUCACAGUGGAUCCCCAGGAGUUAUGGGCCCUCCAGGACCCCCUGGACCAAACGGCCACCCUGGUCCUCCUGGUCCACCUGCCUCAGGUUUAUAUCUCGUUGGAGAAAAGGGAGAGAAGGGUCUUCCCGGUCCACCAGGUCACUGUGACUGUGAUGCCAUUCUCAGUGCUAACAAUGCUCCUUAUGGCAGCUAUACACAGCGGGGUGGCCCAAAUAAAGUCCCUGCAAUAUUUGUGGUAAACUCUGAGGAGGAGAUGGAAAAUCUACAUCUUGACAAUGCAAUAGCAUUCAGGAAGGACCAGAGGGCACUCUACUUCAAAGAUAAAGAAGGGUGGAAGGCCAUACAGCCUUUCCAGCCGUUCCAGUCCACAGAGAAAGUCCCGGACAGAGUUGGUGCUUGCGGGGACGGAAAGGUGCAGCCUCAGCACGGAGAGGAGUGUGAUGAUGGAAACCAGAUCGUCACUGAUGCUUGUCUCAACUGUAAGUGGGCUUACUGUGGAGACGGAUACCGGCAUGAUGGCAUGGAGGAGUGUGAUGGAAAGGACUUUGGGUAUCAGACCUGCAAGUCUUAUCUUCCUGGGUCCUUUGGGCAGCUCAGAUGCACAGAGUCCUGCCUCAUUGAUUCCACUGGUUGCAAGUAUUUCACCUGAACUGAGAAGUAAAAAUGGGUGGAUUGCAACUUUGCCGCUCCUCUUCCUGAUUUUGGGGAAUGUACUCCAGAUUUCUACUAAAGUUACCUGCUGGACUGAGUACUAAAGGGAAGCUCUUGUGCCUGCUCUGAGCCAUGAAAAGUCACAGAAGUCGGCUUUGAAUGGACCGUGUCCCUCGAGGUUAAAAUCUCCUUUAUUGGCCUCAGGGAGCAGCUUUCUAUUAGCAUCUCUCCAUCGGCUGCAGGACUGUUACAGAAACCAGAGAUGGCAGGGAAACUUUAAAUGAUUGUAUAAUAUGAAUACUUACAAUGUGAAUGACUUGCUGACUGUUGAUAAACAAAUAAGCUAUGUUCUGAUUUUUUUGUAUUGAGAACAGGGAAAACGCCUUUUCUUAAAGAAGCAAUGAUAUUAUUAACGUGUACUGUAGUAUGAAAAUCAGGGGUGUGCAAAUGUGUUUAUUCAUGUGCAAUGUAUUGCAAGACAUGUAUUAAUUCAGUGCAAUGUUGACAUAGUGCAUGUAAAUGUGUCCCAGCCCACAGCUGAACACUUUAUAAUGUGCUUUAAAUGUACUAGCCAAAGUUUUUCCCUGUUGAAGUGAAUGUUAAGAUUUCCAACAGAAGAAGUGAUCAAAAACAAGAAAAAUACUCUCUAGCAGCAUGAAGAAAGUGUUCACUUAC